UUUGUGUGCGCUCCUCUAUUAUUACUUGUUAACUACUUGCUUGCUCAGCCGUUUCGAGUCAGCGACCCAAGGAGGUGUGUUUAAUGUGACAGGUCGGCAAUCGGCGUAGAAGUAAAGAAGUAAACAUGGCAGAGAAACGUAAGACGAAGAAGAAAAAGGAGGAAUUGGACAGCCCUCCUAAAAUCGAAAAGCCGUCAAAAACUUGCUACACAGUUGCGAAAUGGCUGCGCAAAAAUGUACCUACAAAGAAGACCAAAUUCCUCAGUCACAAUGUAGAAUACUUUACAGGAAGCAAGGCUAUCGACGCGUUGAUGGAAUCAGAUUUUGCUGCUGAAAAGAAUGGAAAUGAACCUGUGUUUGCAACUAGAUUUGACGCUGCCCAGUUCCUCAAUGAGAUGCUGGUCUUUAAAUUCUUUCAUCGCGCUAGAAAGGUUAUUGUGUCAGAGGAGGAAUUGAAGGCAAAGCUGAAAAAGAAAGAGACGUCCAAGAAAAAGGAUGAUGAUGAGAGUAGCCACACCGAGUGCGAGCGCAAAGAAGAGACAACUGUUGGAGCAGAGAAGCAGAAGGAAGGCAAAGACAAGGAAAAGAAAAAGCGGAAAAUCCGUUUAGAAAUGCACAUGGAACAAAUAUUUGUUGACGGCUUGGACGCAUAUGUGUGGAUCUACGACCCCAUUCCAGUCUACUAUUGGUUUUUUGGCAGUCUGCUUGUCGUCGGAGCAAUCGCAAUCUGUCUCUUCCCGCUCUGGCCGCCAGUUGUGAGGAAAGGCGUUUAUUAUCUUAGCGUGGCCGCCGCGGGCUUUUUGAUCUUCAUCAUUGCUCUCGCCAUCCUACGAGUGGUCGUUUUCUGCUUAGUUUGGGUGUUGACACUAGGAAAGCACCACCUGUGGCUGUUGCCCAACCUAACCGAGGAUGUCGGAUUCCUCCCCUCGUUCUGGCCACUUUAUCAGUACGAGUACAAAGGUGCAAAGUCUUCAGAUAAGGGAAAGAAGAAGAAGAAGAAAGCUAAAGACUCUGACGGAGAGGAUGAUGACGAAAACAGAAAGCUGAUUGAGGAAGAGAACUCUGGUGCUAAUGAGGGAGAGGUUGAGAACAGCGCAAGUGAAUCUGAAAGCAGCCAAAAGUCUCAGACUGGUAAAGAUUUUGAAAUGGUGGAACACGAAGAGAUUGACUCAUAACAUUCUUCUCUAUACCAACUCUCACACUUAAUUAUUUAUUUCUUCCUGCUCAACUUGUUGCGGUCGGAUCAGAACUUGCACAUAGAGUAAUUAGAAUUAUUGUCAUUUAAAAUUUGAUUUGUUACCAAAUCCUGAUAAUUUCUAUUGCGAAUUUCUGUACUAUUGCAUUUCAAUCCACUCUAAAGGGUUUGAGCAUUACUACACAAUGACAUUAAUGGAAUUAUUUGUGUAUGUGACAAAAUAUUUUAUUAAAUACAGCAAAGCUUA